UUGCAGUUUUCAAAUAUUGGCAAAAACUCUUCAAAAAUGCCUUCAGCCACUGUCUGGAAAUUCGCCGAGCGACCGAACUACGUCACUCAUGUAGAUAAAGCCCACCCAUACUCAGAGGUGCCUUACUUAGGUGACUAUCACUUGGUGCAAAUACCUCUUGGAGGCUCCAUACCACAUGUGGACUAUUGGGGCGAAGGGAGAGUCAUAACUGAUGACGGGGUCCGAGGAUUCAAGAAUAGUUACAACGUGAAUCAUCAAUACCAACUCGUCAGCAGCGGCUCAGAUCGAGACAGGAAGAUACCGAACCGAAUUCCUGUUAAGAGCUUCACUGACUGCGAUACCAGUGCGUAUAUUAAAGAUAAUUCGGUUGCAACAGUCACUGUUGCCGGUCCUAAUAUACAUAACAGUGCUAGAGAUAUCGCUCGCAUCGUCAACGCUGAUGGCAAGGUGAUAGUCUUCGGAGUAACCGGCGAAUCACCUCAAAUCGCGGAGCUUAGAGAAGAAUUGAAGAAAAAGGGUCUCUUUCCUACUAUGAACGCAACAUUACCGACUGAAUUCCAAGGUUUAACACUCUAUGAUAGUCAUGUUAGUUUCAUAAACGUUAAGUUGCUCAUAGAAGACGUUUAUAAGAAUGUCGUUAAUGGCAAUUUUGAGGCGGCAACGGAAAUGUCUGUCGCUUUUGUUGAUAGCGGUUACAACGAGCUUAUUAAGGAAACUGUGACAAGACUGAUAGACGCUGUACCACGUAAUGUAAUGUCUUACGCCUACAAAUUGUGGCAUGCUGGAGGCGAAAGCAUCGUUCGUAAUUGUUUCCCAACACCGUUUGCUCUCAUAUUUAAUGAGGAUGAUGUCAAAAUCAUCAAUAAACAGUAUCUACAGCCGUUGAAGCUAGCUGCUAGCGUUGAUAGUUACAAUGACCGCCUUGCGUGGGGCGAUAACAUUUGCGAGAGUGAUAGCAAACGACUGAGUUGGAAGAUACUACCUUUCUGGGAGAAUGAGACUGUCAUAUUUAAGAUUUACAGCAAUGAAUACAAUAUGUACUUAAAAUUGGAUGUCAACGUAGAUAAUAUUGGUGAUCGCAAAGUUUGGGGAUCGACUAAUUCGAAUGAAACGAGGCAUCAGUAUUACUUAGAGCCGUGUUUGAGAAAUGGGGUGAUCGUAUUCUUUAUAAUCAACCGCCGAUAUAGGCAGGGAUUCAAGUUAGAUGUGAAUGCAGACAAUAUUGGCGAUAGACUGCUAUGGGGGCACAAUGGUAGUGUUUAUAAUGAAUACGAACGAUUCCGAUGGAUUAUAUCCGCAUUCUAAGCUUAAUAUCAAAGGCAUAGCCAGGUUUUAGUAUCGGGAGAGGUUCAAGGAAGUAAAACAAACAAAACUUCCUUCAUGAACUU